CUCGGGUGUCCCUCCCCGCCCCCCUCGCGCCGGUCGCGCCUCGCUCGGGAUGUCGGUGCCAGCCAAGCGGUGCGGGCGGCCGCCCGUGCUGUCCUUCCUGGAGAAGAAGAAGAGGAAGCAAAGCCUGGACAGGCGACGGGGGAAGACGAGGAUCUACGUGGGGAACCACAUCGACCGGUGGCUGACCCUGAAGGAGAAGUUGGAUUUCAGAAACGAUGCCGAAGUCGCGGGGUUUUUGCUGGACUUGUACGACAACUAUGACCCCCUGUUGAAAACGGCGGUGUGCGCACUGCCCGAGGGUGCGAGAAGCAUCGCCGUGAAGGAGGGAAGGUCCCCGCCGCCCGAGGACACUUCUUUAAUAGCAGCUGACGGAACAUAUGGCAACGAUGACCAGCUGUCUAAAGAAUCUACUUGUUCUGGACCUGAAGAUGUGAGAAUUGUAACUGUGAAAGAAGAGAGGGAUUUGUCAGAUGACUGCUUGUCAGCAGAGACAGAUGACACAUGUACUUUCAGGUUUCCCAGCACAAACAUCAAGAUAACAUUCACAGCUCUGUCCAAUGAAAAGAGAGAAAAACAGGAGGCCCCAGAGUCCCCAGUGAAACCCGUGCAACCCCAGAUCUCUCCCUUAACAAUAAACAUUCCAGACAACAUGGCUCACCUGAUCAGCCCUCUCCCUUCUCCCACAGGAACUAUCAGUGCUGCAAAUUCCUGCCCAUCUAGCCCCCGUGGUGCAGGCUCUUCAGGGUACAAAAUGAGUCGUGUAAUACCAUCUGACCUACAUUUAAUGGCUGACAAUUCACAGUCAGAAAAUGACAAGGAAGCAUCGGGUGGAGAUAGCCCAAAGGAUGACUCAAAGCCACCUUAUUCCUAUGCACAACUAAUAGUACAAGCAAUUACAAUGGCACCUGAUAAGCAGCUUACACUAAAUGGAAUUUAUACGCACAUAACGAAAAAUUAUCCAUACUACAGAACAGCAGACAAGGGCUGGCAGAAUUCAAUACGCCACAAUCUCUCUCUGAAUCGUUAUUUCAUCAAAGUACCACGUUCCCAGGAAGAACCAGGCAAAGGCUCAUUCUGGAGGAUAGAUCCUGCCUCUGAAAGCAAAUUAAUAGAGCAGGCUUUUAGGAAAAGGCGGCCUAGGGGAGUACCUUGCUUUAGAACCCCUCUGGGACCACUCUCUUCUAGAAGUGCCCCAGCUUCUCCUAAUCAUUCUGGAGUGUUAUCUGCACACUCCAGUGGAGUACAGACCCCAGAAAGCCUGUCAAGGGAAGGAUCUCCAGUCCCAAUGGAACCUGAACCUAGUGCUAUCCAGCCAAAAUUAGCAGUAAUACAAGAAGCACGGUUUGCACAGAGUGCCCCAGGAUCACCUCUAUCUAGCCAACCAGUUUUAAUUACUGUACAACGGCAGCUACCACAAACUAUUAAACCUGUCACCUACACUGUUGCAACUCCUGUGACAACAUCAACAUCCCAGCAGCCUGUAGUUCAAACCGUUCACGUUGUUCACCAGAUACCAGCUGUGUCUGUCACGAAUGUGACUGGAUUAGCGCCAGCAAACACUUAUACUGUAGCUGGACAGGCAGUGGUCACACAAGCUGCAAUGGUAACCCAGUCUAAGGUAGAACCUCAAGAGAAUGGAGACCACAAAGAAGUAAAAGUUAAAGUGGAACCUAUCCCUGCUAUUAGCCAUGCUACAAUAGGAGCUGCUAGUCGCAUCAUUCAGACAUCUCAGACCACGCCCUUACAGACAGUUACUAUAGUGCAACAGGCACCACUAGGUCAACACCAGCUACCAAUAAAAACUGUAACACAGAAUGGAACACACAUAGUACCUAUCACCACAGCGAUACAAGGGCAAGGCAACACUGAAAAAUCCAGCUACUGCAAGUCCCUUGCAUAUGUUAGCAACCCAUGCGUCAGCAUCGGCAUCUCUUCCAACGAAACGCCAGAACGGAGACCAGUCGGAACAGCAAGAACUUAAACGUAUCAAAACAGAGGAUGGAGAAAGCAUAGUCAUAGCUGUUAAUGUGGACACCCCAUCUGUUGCAGUGAGUGAUCAAGGCAGCCAGAACUAGAAACUUUAGAGGAGUUUGCUUUUUAAAAAAAAAAAAACUCCAUGGUGCCAAAAGGAGACACUUAAAUAUAACACCUAAAAUAUUGGAACAUGUUCUCACGCAGUGGGGAAAGGGCCCUGUGAUCAGACUUCAACUUUCAGCACUGAAAAAACAACACAGGUGGCCUUAAAACUCAGUAAUUUAAAAAAAAAGUCAAACUGCAAAGCGUCUUGUUCCAGAGGCUGUGAUCCCUCUCCUCCCCACCCCCUACUGAACUAACUGUGUACGCUGAGACAUACAGUGUUGGGGAGGGCUGCAGCUUUAAAAAAUCUUUAUUGGAUUAUUUUAAGGACUGAGUAUCUCAGUGUAACAGCAGCAUGAUAAGCGCUUAGUGUGAACUGGUUUCAAACGAUUGUAUAUUCCUUAAAGGGAACAGAGGCAAGGAGCCAUUUCCUACAUCUUGGCAGCUAGCCUUUCAUAAUGACCUACCCAAUGCAGUUGUUGGUAGAUAUGCAGUAUUUUGUUGUUCACAUGUGGAAUUAGAAAUUUUUGAGGUGUAUUUUCAUUUCUUUGCAAAAUAAUGGGGUCUUUGACAUUUCAAAUCACUCCAUUUCUACUCUGGAAACUUUGAAAUCACACAGUACUUUUCAUGUGAAAUUUUGUUUGGUAAAAAACUGAAUGUAGGGUUUUUUUAACCGAUGGAAUGAUUUACUUUUGUCUGUCCUGUUAAAGUUCAGAUAAAGCUACUUUAUUACAUCUGCAAAUUUUCAUAUUUUAGCAGUUGCCUGAUAAAUUUAAUCAAAUUUUAUUACCAUGUGUAGUGAUCAAAUGCUUCUUUGGGCUUGCAUGUAACUGAUUAGAAAUUACAAUGUAAAUGAGCCGUUAACUGACGUUAAAGAACUGCUAUGAAUUUGACCAGAACUGCACUUAUCUGUUUCUCUUCCUUGCUACCUUUUGCUGUUUGUUACUUUGUGUUGACUUUGACUGUCCCUGGCAUAUUUUUCCAGUCUAAAGUAAAACAAGAGUCUCGCUUAAUAUUGUGUAUGUUUAAGAUAACAGACUGUUCUUCAUUUAGAAAAGAUAAAAUUCUUUAUCACAAGUCCUUUUAAAAAGAGAGUAAAAAUUAUCUUGUCAGAGGUAUAUUCAAUAUUUUUAAGCUUACACACCCAUCAGUAGAAAUUAAUCUGACCAGUUUAUCCAUAAAACUUUUGAUGUCCUACACUGACCUCCUGGGGUCUCCAUUAAGAGUAGCUGUUGUGGUUUUCUAACAGUGGCUACCAUAUUAUUAUAAUAAAAGUUUUUUUAAAAGUG